AUUGGCCAAUGGGCUUCGCCGAGGGACGACGUAACUUCUGGCAGCGGCGAAUGAAAUGGCGAGUGGCGGCGGCGGGAGCGGGAGCAAGAUGGCGGACAAAGAGAAGAAGAAGAAGGAGAGUAUUUUGGAUCUCUCCAAGUACAUCGAUAAAACGAUCCGGGUGAAGUUCCAAGGUGGGAGGGAAGCAAGUGGUGUCUUGAAAGGAUUCGACCCUCUUCUGAACCUUGUGCUUGAUGGUACCAUUGAAUACAUGCGAGAUCCAGAUGAUCAGUACAAAUUAACAGAAGACACACGUCAGCUGGGACUGGUGGUCUGCAGAGGGACUUCUGUGGUUCUUAUUUGCCCCCAGGAUGGGAUGGAAGCUAUUCCAAACCCUUUCAUUCAGCAGCAAGAUGGCUAGUGCUUGCUCUGGAUUGCCUCUGACGACUUCAGGGGUGCAAAUCAUCAGAGAAAACUUAUCAGUGUGUUGAGAAGCUUCCUGAGUUGGGGAAGGGGUUUAAAUGUGGGUUUGUUAGUGUGAAAGAAUGAUCAAUUCUUAUGUUUGUGGCUUGCCAUAAAUGAUGCAAGGAUGGGGCAUGACAUCUAAGAAGUACGUUCUGAUUUCCCCCCUCCCAGUAAAUGUGUAACUACAGUGUUGUGAGCUGCCAGGGGGUCACAUAUUGUCAUGGAAUUGUCUGAGGCCCUCUUGAUCUUGUGAGUUUUGAAACAACCACAUAAAAUUAGUAAAGAGUCCCCUGAAUAUCGGUUAUAUCCUUUAAGUUUUUAAAUACAUUAAAAUGUAUUUAAAUUAAUCUACAGCCUAAAUACAUUAGAACAUGGUUUUCUUCCUCUUAGAGAGCAGUACUCAGCUAAGAAGCAAUAUGGUACAGUCUUCCUGCUGUUCAGUCUCUUCUGCCUGCUUGCUCCACAUGCAGGACAACUGGUUUUCUAUAGUACCUUGUCAUCACCUUUACAGGCUUUGUAGCUAAAAAGAGCUUUUCUAGCACUUGUUUCAGGCCUUGGGGCUGGGAUCUGUGCAUCAGAAAGCUCCCACGUUUCUACAGAAGGACUGGACUAACUUCUAGGAUGAUUCUUGGCUAAAGGACAUGAACCUUGUGGAAGUACUUAUCUGAUCCUCAGAAUUUUAGGGGAAGAAUAUGUAAGAUCCUAAUGUUCAGCCGUAGGCAGUGUCUGGAAAUACUGCAUAUUUUUAUACUGUGGCUGUCCACUUGUGGUUCUGCUUGUUGGAACUUGAUUUGUAAGUAAACAUUUUUAUUUCUUUUAUACUGAAGAAAGAAUGAGAUUUGAGGAUUUUUUUGAGUAAAUAAAUACAACUGAAUCUGUUCCUAAA